UUAUUCUUGUUUUUGUUUCGACGUGAUUGAUUAACAUUUUGCAGAUUUCCUUGAUUUUGCUGACUAUGCUGAUUAUGCUGCUGACUAUGUUGCUGUAAUUGCAUUUCUCGAAGCUGUUCGGUCAAAUGGAAAAUGUCUUUUUCUUGUGAUUCGACCACUGAUUUCAAUUCAUCAAUCUGCCUCAAAUCUUCCGAACGUGGAUCGCGUCGUUCAUAGCGCAUUCGCAUUUCCUCAAAGCUAUCACGAAUGGCGAUUUUGGGUAUGUGUAGACAGCAUUUAUAUAAAUGUAGCGAAGUUUAGUGAGGCAUAUGCACUUUCUGUGUAGCGUGUCAAUUUCUUGUGUAUUUGAAACAUCGCGACUAUUCAAUCGAAUUUUUUCAAACUCAAAUUGAUCCUUAAAAUCGCUUAGCUCUCGUUUGUGAUUAAGUUUGAUAGCACUAAAACAUUUAGGAA